GUGACAUCUAUGCAUCGCUUAUACUAAGAUGGCUGUCACUUGUUAGUAGCGUAUUCUUUAAAUUUGAUGUGUAUCUUGCAAAAAAAGUCGUUCUGCGUAUGUUCACAUAGCGGUGCCGUGUGCCGCGUGUUUUCGCGAUUCGUGCUCGGAAAUUAAAAAUCGCCUUGGAAUAUUUUGCGCUUCGUAUGUCCUACGGUUGGGAUGCUGUGCGUGAAAGGCGGAACAGUUGCCCGUCACCAGCCAUGUUCAUCGAGUGUCUUGUUGUGACAACGUGAUACAAUAUUUACGCCCGAGCAUAACUCGAUUGAAGCAGUCUUAUUAAAUGAAAGGUCGGUAGCAAAGCAACAGAGGCGAGGCGGGGGUGGAGCUUGAAGAAGGGAUGAAUGGAACGGCAGCGUUGCGGCGCAGCGUCGGGGCUGGUCAGGCAGGCGCCAUCGGUAGUGGAGCCGUUGAACCAGCACCUAUCGCCACUCUUGUCAUAUACAAGGACGAUGCUGGAUUUGGAAUGAAAGUUUCUGGCGACAAUCCAGUCUACGUUCAGUCUGUAAAGGAAGGUGGCGCAGCAGCAAGAGCCGGUCUUCAUGCGGGUGAUAAGAUAAUAAAGGUGAAUGGAGUCAACGUGAUGCAGUCUACACACACAGAUGUGGUUCACCUCAUAAAAUCAUCGACACAAGUGGUACUAACGGUGCAACAGAAGCCAGUGCCAGCGAACAACGCAGUGGCAGUGACGGGGACAGCGACAGCAACAGCAACGAUAGCUUCCGGUUUGCAAGUCGGAGUAGCCAGUACCGUGAGUCAACAGCAGCAUCAACGUCCAGUCAGUUUGUCGGCGGCCGGAAAUAUGUCACCCUCGCAAACGACCAUCUCUCUUCACAGAGCAGCCACCGCACCGGCGGGCGGUGCUUCAUGUAAUGCUCGAAUCACAGCUCCACAACCAGUCGAUCUUGAGAAGAAGCGACAAUUGGAAACACAAAGAGUUCACACAUUCCAGCUUAUGUUGGAGAAAGAACAAAGUUAUGUAGAUAAGUUACGGAGUGAGUUAGCAAAGGCUGGCACUGGCAGUGGAAACAUCAACGUUGCGACUGUGCAGACAGAGCUAGCAGGUGCUGAGAGAAGAGUACGCACCUUGCAGGAACAGCUCGCAGCGAUUAGCACGACUAACGAACAGCUUUGCUCAUUGGUAACAAACACUUCGUGCUCCUCGGGCUAUUAUCCACUCUCAAAUAACGGCAGUGGCGCAGACGUGCCACCCCCACUGCCCUCGCGUAAAUCCUUAUCCAUGCAAAGUCUCUCUCCACCGCCUUUGCCUCCUAGACCUCCACCCGUCACAAAUAUGCAAAAUACAGCCCAGCCGGAACUGGACCGACAUCUGUUGACUCAUUUAACGUCCUCAACAGUCAGUCACAGUAUUCCUAACUCUUUUUCCCAAGAUGCCAAUUUGAGUGCUUCAAACGCGCUCACUAAACACCAGCGAACAAAAUCGAGUCCAGAACAAUUAGGAACUACAGCCAUAUCUCCAUCAGAAGCUAGUAGACGCCUGAUUGCAUCUGAAUCAAUGAAUGAUUUGUCACCUCCAAGACACCUCAGACACAAUGAUAUUGAUAUCAAUGAAUUACCGCAUAUUACACCACCGGGGACACCACCGCCGCCAUAUCCAGCCCCCAUUUUAGGACAAGAUAUCUUUUCAUCUACACCAAAUGAUACACUUGCAACUGAUAUCAUUCCUGGAUUGCCAGCGUUCCAACAGCCUAUUAUGUCAAUGGAAGAGGAUGAUGUCAGUGAUCAAGAAAUUGGUCAAUUAGAAGAUCACGGACCGUUCCAAUCUUUAUCCAGGCUAUGGGGACAUCAUGCGCAUCUUGCUGUAUUUAUUAAUUACGUUUUAUCUAAUAGCGAUCCUUCUAGCCUGUUAUUCUAUUUAAUAACGGAUUUAUACAAGGAGGGAAAUGCCAAAGAAAUGAGAAAAUGGGCAUACGAGAUUCAUUCUAGUUUUUUAGUACCUGGUGCGCCAUUACGUCUGCACAAUGUAGAUGAAAAUGUUGCGAAUGAAAUAGACGACGUUCUCUUAAAGGAAUCUGAUAAAGAAGAAAUUCUUAGAAAGAUAUUUUGGAAAGCACGAAAUAGAGCAAAGGAAGAAUUGAACGAACAACUGACACAUUUCCAGCAAAAAAGAACCGCAGGUUUGGCUACGAUUUUUGGCCCGACCGAUAUUUCGCUCGAUGAGAGCAUAUCCGACAAAACGCGUGAAACAAAAAUUAUUGAGACAUACCUGCUGCCAAAGAUGGAACCUUAUUUGGAGGAUAUAGAAAAGGAACACGUGGAUUUGCGGCUAUUCACAACGGCAGCUGGUCUAGCUACAAUAUUAAUAAAGAUAUUUCAAUUGCGACCGGUAUGGGCCGACAGAGUGCCUACUUUUGUCGCGAAAGACAAAUCCAACAUCAAAGCGCGACUACUCACUGGAAAAACACGUAAAAUGACAAUUAGAGGGCAUCAUUUCGUGGCACAUCAAUACUUCACAAUAACUUACUGCAAUCAUUGUCAACUUAUCAUUGGUGGUAUUGGUCCUCAAGGAUAUUUGUGUAGUGAUUGUUCCCUCAGCGUACAUCGACAAUGUGUCCGUGUGGUAGAGGAAAAUUGUCCGGGUCCUUUGAUGCGGAAAGAAAGAGCCAAUCCUAGAAUCAGUAAACUAAUGGAGCGUAUUCGACCAGAGAGGAAACCUCCAUCCCAUCAUCAUCAUUCUCAGAACCAUAUAUUACAUUUAGACAAAAUCAAAAGAAAUGAAGAAGAUUCCGGUACAUUAACGGAUGGAGAAAAUGGAGAACAGCGCUCAAGCAGUCUAACCGGAAAUGCUCGCAGCAGUUGCGAAAGAGCACGAAUUUCUGGUUUAGGAGGAACUAAUGAUCAUAUCGAUAAUAUGGAUAAUCCUUCAUCUCGAGAAGAUAUUUCCGAAAUGGUCCAGCAAAAUAUUUCCAGUAAGCCAAAGACGUCAAACAUCAACAGGUCUGAAAGUUACAAGGAGCGGAUACAUCAUAAGCGGCAACUGAGAGAAAAGAGGAAGACCAGCGAUCCGAAUCUCUCCAAAACAAAAGUCGGUUCCAGCGAUUGCGAGCCUUACGGUACAUUUCCCGGGAAUUCGGCCGGCAGCUCGUCAAACAGCAGCCUGUCGAAUAGGAGUCUGGAUAGUCCCAGUACCAGCCUGGAGCAGGUACACCCUACCACAUCGGCGGUUUCAACUUCAUUGGACAGUGAUGCCGAGGUCGAGGCUGAUCCGCCGGAUUGGAGCCAAGCUGUCAGCGAGGACGUACUCGCGCAACUUAGCAAUUCCGAGAAAAAAAGACAAGAAGUUAUCAACGAAUUAUUUCACACCGAACGCUCUCACGUUCGCGCGUUGAAUGUCCUCUCGCAAGUCUUCCACAAACCUUUGUUGGAAUCUCAAGUGCUGCCGUUGGAUCAGAUUCAACUGCUCUUCUCCAACUUGGACGAGAUGUUGAUGAUCCAUUCGCGCUUCAACCAGUCGAUGAAACGAAAGAAAAAGGAGAACCCGUGUGUAGGCGACGUGGGUGAACUUCUGUUAGAGAUGUUCGACGGCGAGACCGGUGAGGCGUUCGAGAAGGCCGCGUCGACUUACUGCGCUAAGCAGCAAAUCGCUUUGGACGCUUUGCGCGAUCGCCGACGCAAAGAUUCCAAGUUGAACGCUUUCCUAAACGAUGUGGAAAUGAUGCGGCAGUGCCGUCGGCUUCAGUUGAAAGAUCACAUACUCACCGGCAUGUUGCGACUUACCAAAUACCCGUUGCUAUUUGAGAAUCUCGCCAAAUACACGCCGGAUAGUAACGAAAGAGAAAAGGCAGCCGUGUUGCGCAGCCUUGAGCGAAGCAAAGAGAUCCUGAGUCGCGUUAAUCAGGCGGUGAGGGAGGCCGAGGAUCAUCAGCGACUCGCUGAGAUUCAGCGAACGAUCGAUCGCUCGGCUUUCGACAAGUUCGAUCACCCGACUGUGCAAGAAUUUAAGAAUCUUGACAUCACGAAGCGUAAACUGAUUUACGAGGGACCGCUGCAGUGGCGGCGCACCGAACCGAAUCGAUCGAUGCCGAAUCGUUCGGUACCAAAGCCAGUGGAUCUGCACGUAGUGCUACUCGACGAUACAAUUUUCUUCCUACAUCGACAAGACGACAAAUAUCUACUAAAGUUUAUUAACACGGCCAAUCAGGCAGGCAAUUCCGUGCUCAGUCCAAUCGUCAAGUUAUCCACUGUCCUCGUACGCCACAAUGCUGCUGAAAAGGACUCUCUGUAUCUGGUCAAUACCUCGCAAAACGGCGCACAAAUGUAUAAUCUAGUGGCGCCGUCUUCCGCGGAGCGCAAACUCUGGUGCAAGCACAUCUCUGAGGCCGUUGAAGCUUACAAGGCGCGCGAUCGUCAAGGCAGAAGACCGACGCCGCCCACUAUGCUCCCAGAGGAACCGACGCAUACGAUGGAGGAUGGAGGAUUGUCCUCCGAACCGGACAGCGUAAUCGUUGAGAAGGCUCAAUCGCAAAAUAGAGAAUCCAGGGACCUCGGACACAACGCUGCUGCCGGUAACAUGAUGCAAGAGCAAGAUGAGGAAACCACUACGACUACGGAAACUCCCACAACUGAACAAACGCAACAACGGAUGCAACAGCAAUCGACUGAAUCGCCAAUGACAGGUGUAGCGGAGCCAUUACGAAUGAUCACGUGCACUCAGCUCUCAUUGAUAGAUCCACUGGAAGUUCAUGUAGAAGUACCACCAGUGCAUAUUGCAGAGCCGGUUCUUACACCAAUAGAAUGUCUGAGACGUAAGGACGAAAUAAUUAAACAGGCUCUACUCGAGAAACACGUAUUAAUGGCGGAUAUAUUAAAUAUUCCUAAAGAAGAUUUCGAGCAUGUGGCAGACAUAGCAUCCGACCCAUCCACUGUGGAAAAAGAACCUGUUGAACUUAUACUUGCUGCUAUUAGCCAAACGGAUCAACUAGUGGGAAUGUUGAAUUCUG